UCAAAUUUGUGUCAGCAUUGACUUUUAACAACCUAGUAACCCUUCGAAUUUCAAACACGCAUACAAACAGUGCCCUUCACAUCUCCGAUCUCUCCCAUCCCAUCCAUCAUGAGCGCCCCCGCCGCCGCCCCCGCCGGCGCUGCCCUGGGCUCCGAAGGCGUCGGCGGCUUCGGCUACGCCAUCGGCGUCUCCGCCGGGAUUAUUGUCCUCAUCACCGCCCUGACAUUGGUUUCCUACUGCUGGACCAGAAACACCGCCGCCGCACCCAUAUUGCCCCGGACAAAUUCUCCGGCGCCGGCGCCGCCGUUGAACAGGUUCCCGAAGCUUCUGUACUCGGAAGCGAAGGCGAGCUAUAAAGAUUCCACGGCGACGUGCUGCUCGAUAUGCCUGGCGGAUUACAAGAACAGCGACAUGCUCCGAGCUCUGCCGGACUGCCGCCACCUCUUCCACCUCAACUGCGUCGACCCAUGGCUCCGGCUCCACCCCACUUGCCCCGUCUGCCGGACUUCGUCGCCGUUGGCUGAUCCCCGCCGGCCGGCGACCAUGCCUGCUGCAGCAGGAUUUAUGAUAUGAAGACAUGAUGUAUGGUGUUUACUGUAAUUAUUAAUUAAUAAUAUAUU